GAUAGAGAGGGGACACAGCUGUUCGAUAAAGCCAUGAAAGGCCAGUGGGGAGAUGUUGUGGAGGUCUAUAGAUCAUCAGAGAAAGUUCAUGAUUUGGUAAUCACCAAAAUGGGGGACACUGCUCUACAUAUCGCUGCUUCCGAUGGCGAAACAGAAAUUGUGCUGCAGUUGUUGGGGCUCAUUGGAAACAAUAUAUUGGAAAAACCAAACAACAAAGGCAACACACCUCUCCAUUUAGCUGCUGAAGUGGGGGAUGAGGAAACGUGUCAUGCAAUGGCCACUAAAGACCCCAAACUCGUGUCGUCUCUCAACAAUGAGAAUGAGACCCCUCUCUUCUUGGCAGCUUUUAAUGGGCAUGAGAACGUUUUUCUUUGCCUUCAUAGUCACUGUGUUAAAGAAGGAUGCUAUUCGCUUAGGACAAGUAAUGGUGAUACCAUUCUCCAUGCAGCUAUAUCUCCGGUGAAUACUUCAGUAUGGCAUUCCAGAUCAUUCUGUGGCAUCCAGAACUUGUUAACUAUAUUAAUCAGAGUGGCUUCUCUCCCCUGCAUAUUCUAGCCAAUACUCCAUCAGCAUUCAAAAGCGGUAGCCGCCUUAGACCGUUGGAUCGUCUCAUUUACCAUUGUUUGAUUGUUGAAGAGCUAAAACGGGGAAAAGAGGACAAAAAGAUUUGUCCCCGAGGCAAAAAUGGAAGGGAUAUCGACAAUACGGGUUCUGAAUCUCAUCAAGCAUUAAAUGAGUGCUCGUCACUUAUCAAAUUUAGAGCUACGAGAGAAAAUAAAAAGGAAGAUGCAGAGAAUCCCCAAGAAAAGAGCAGCUCAAUGCCAGGUAUGAACCAACGAGAGGAACGUGGGAGAGAAAGUCGUCCCAAUUAUAUUUACUCCUCAUGUGUUAAGUUUUUCAACUUAAUCACACCUGUCUUGGUAUCGAUCAAUG